AUGGAGAGUAAAGAAAGGUCUAAUACGCCCACGGGGCUCAAAGAAACCGAAAACCGCCCUCCAAAAGAACGUUCCUCGACUCAAUCCCACCCGAGCAAAUUCCGCUUCAAGUCAACAAAGCAUUCAUCUCGCAAGCGCACCCACAGUCCAAGCACAAAGCCACGAGAAAAAACUCACAAACGUCGACCCCCUCACCGCACAACAACCCACCUCCAAGAUGAUCUCAACCCAACCAGCCAACCGCUCUCCCCCGACGCCGCAUUCCGCGAAUCUCUCUUCGACGCAAUGGGCGACGACGAAGGCGCCGCAUACUGGGAAGGCGUAUACGGCCAACCAAUCCACAACUUCGCCAUCCCCGAAACCCAAGGACCGAAUGGCGAACUGGAACAAAUGGACGAAGAGGAAUACGCCGCGUACGUCCGCGCACGCAUGUGGGAGCGCACGCGCGAAGGCAUGCUGGAUGAACAGGCAAAGUGGCGCGAGGAGCGGCGGCGGAAUAAGAUGCGGAGUGAGCGCGGGCGCACCGAGGAUGCGGAGCGGAUGUCGUUUGAGCGGGCGAUGGAGGAUAGUUUGAGGCGGGGUGCGGAGAGGAAGAAGAGGAAGAAGUGGGGGGAGGCUUGGGAGAUGUAUCUUGCGCGGUGGGAGGAGAUUGCGAAGAUUGUGGAGGAGGUUGGGAUGGAAGGGAAAGAAGAAGAGGGGGAUGUGGAAGAAGUUGCCAGUACCGCUACGGCUGGCUCGAAGUCGAAGUCGAAGUCGAAACCGAAAUCGAAGGCGAAGCCUUUGCGUAAUCUACUGUUUUGGCCGGUUGAAUCUGGCAAGCGGGUUGAUGUGGCUCCCGACUCUGUGGAGGAGUUCAUGCGACAUGCGUCUUCCUCUGAUGACUUGAUGACUAUAUUGAAGGUUGAGCGGGUGCGGUGGCAUCCUGAUAAGAUUCAGCAUCGGUAUAGUGGGCUUGGGAUUGAUGAUGUUGUCAUGCGCAGUGUGACGGAGGUGUUUCAGAUCGUGGAUCGGAUGUGGAAUGAACUGCGAGAGCGUAAGACUUGA